CUGAAUCAAAAAAUUCGAUGAAUUUUAAUAUUGAAACAGCUACUAGAUAAUCUUAAAGAUUUGUUUUCUUAAUAUAACACUUAUGUUCCUAUUUUAAGGAUCAAGUCCAGUAUUUACGGCCUUUUCGAAGAUUUUUUUGGAGUUUAUCUAUACGCCGAUCGGUGUAUAUAUGUCUUUGGAGUUUAUCUAUAUGCCGAUCGGUGUAUAUAUGUCUGUGUGUUGAAAGCAAAGUUUUAACAUUGUGUGAUUCUUUAUUGCAGAGGAAAAAAUGGCGUCGAACGGAACAGAGAACGGAGAAUUCAGUUUUGCGAGCAACAUAAGGGGCCGCAAUGGCCUGUCGAAAAUUCAAACGCACAAGAAGAAUCAAGAUGAGAUCUGCCAUGACGAUAGUGCUACUCCGGUGAAAGCUAAGACUAUUGACGAGUUACAUUCACUUCAGAGGAAAAAAUCGGCACCGACAACUCCGAUCAAAGGAACCGAGGGCGCCUUUGCCGCCAUCUCCGAAGAAGAACGCCAGCAACAACAGCUCCAAUCCAUCAGUGCUUCAUUGGCAUCACUUACGAGGGAGACGGGGCCGAAGGUGGUGAGAGGAGACCCGGCAAGGAAGUCGGAAACGCCGAAGGUGUCACAUGUGACCCACCACCAUUAUGCUCCCACCCUCAGCACCAGUGAUAGCGGCCUCAAGUUUACCCACAUCCUCUACAAUCUCUCUCCUGCGGAGCUUUAUGAGCAAGCCAUAAAGUACGAGAAAGGGUCGUUCAUAACGUCCGGUGGUGCUUUAGCCACACUCUCCGGGGCAAAGACAGGCCGCUCGCCAAGGGAUAAACGCGUUGUCAAGGAUGAGAGCACCGCAGAUGAGCUUUGGUGGGGGAAGGGCUCCCCCAACAUUGAAAUGGACGAACACACUUUCUUGGUAAACAGAGAAAGAGCCGUCGAUUACUUAUGCUCAUUGGACAAGGAACCAUCCGUUGUUUCUUAA